AUGGCUUUCAAGACCUGGGUGCUGCUUGUCUUGCCAGCAUGGGCUUUGCAGCCGAAGGAGCUGGAGGAUUGGCUCGCGUCGCCGAACGGCCUGGCAAUGACGGCGAGUGAGGCAGCUGAUGCGGCCAACCAGCAUUGGAAUGCGCUUGCCCAGUGUGGAGUGGAAAUCCGCAAUCUCCAGUCGUUGAAGGACACCCUGUCAGACAAAGGCUCCAUCGAUCUGCCCCUGCCGGAGAUCCGCUCUCAGAUCAUCCUCCUGGCGGAGCAGCACGUGGCCGGGGAGAAGAUGCAGCAACUCUACUGGGCUUUGUCGGCUUCCUACACGCUGGGUGGUGGCCUUGGCUUCCCGAAGGACCAGGCACAAACCAUGAUGCUCCUCCUGGCCUUGAAGAAGGCGGAGCCCGACCAGCUGAGGGAGCUCUACAAGGUGAUGUAUGGCUAUUAUGGACUUGGCUUCCCCAAGUCCCUGGCUCAGACUACGUCUGUACAGCUUGCUCAAGCUGGAGCAAACGCGGACCAAUUCAAGACCACGUACCUCGCCAACGCGAAGCGGGGUCAGUCCGUGGCCAUCGCGGAAGCCUCGAAGGAGGCGGUCGUCCAAGAUCUUGCAGGUCUGGUACGACGCUAUGCCCUGGAUGCCAAGCCUUACACCGCAAGCGAGUUCCUCCAGCACUAUGGAGAAGGUGCCUGGCUGAACCAGUGGUUGGACAGCCCACUAGAGAAGAAGAUCUCCAACGACAGGCGAGCCUACACGGCCAACCAGUUCUCAAGGCACUUUCCCAGCACCUGGGAGCCCAUGUACAAGGGCAGUCCAGAGGCAACUCAGCGCCGCCUCGCCCAGGACGGCAAGGUGUACAGCAUGGCAGAGUACCAGCAGUACUACGGAGACCAAUGGCAUGACAAGUGGAACGUCUCACCUGAGCUUGCCUGCAAGGAGUGUGCGCCCUAUGUGGCCCUUACGGUGCUGGUUUGA